GUCACGACAGAGGUCGCUCGCCACAUAGUUACGCGCGGUCAACCAGUUAGCGCACGACCAAGACGGCUUGCUCCUGACAAACUACGGGCAGCACGAGCCGCAUUUGACCACAUGCUUCAACUUGGUAUCGUCAGACCGUCCAACAACCCAUGGGCGUCGCCUCUGCACAUGGUCCCGAAGAAGGUCAUGGGUGACUGGCGUCCUUGCGGCGACUACCGAUCCUUGAAUACGGUGACCACGCCCGAUCGCUAUCCGAUCCCACACAUAGUGGAUCUCACCGCCAGUCUGGCAGGUAAAAGUAUCUUCAGCAAAAUCGACUUGGUACGCGCAUACAACCAAAUUCCGGUAGCCGAAGCGGACAUCGCUAAAACUGCCGUGACGACUCCAUUUGGUUUGUUCGAGUUUCUGCGCAUGCCAUUUGGUCUAAGGAAUGCCGCGCAAACUUUUCAGCGUUUCAUCGACCAAGUUUGUCGCGGCUUAGACUUCGCUUACGCGUAUCUCGAUGACAUUUUAAUCGCAAGCUCUUCACGAGAAGAGCACAUGCGCCACGUACGAACACUUUUUGAUCGUUUAUCUCAACACGGGGUGACGAUCAACGCAGAAAAGUGUUCGUUUGGUGUCGAUUCAGUCAAUUUCCUGGGCCAUCGUAUCUCUUCUGCAGGCGUCGUGCCACUGCAGGAUAAAAUUCAAGCCAUCAUCGACUACCCCGAGCCUCAUUCUUUCAAACAGCUCAGGCGUUUUGAUGGCCUUGUCAACUUUUACCGUCGAUUUAUACCCAACUGCGCCUCGCUGAUGCAACCCCUCACGGACCUUCUCCGAGGGAAACUCAAGAAAUUCGAAUUUCCUGCCGCAGCACGCGCUGCUUUUAAGUCGCUGAAAGAGGCUAUCGCCAACAUAGCUUCUAUAGCGCAUCACGAUCCGGCCGCCCCACUGUCCCUCAGUACUGACGCCUCGGACGUGGCAGUCGGCGCUGUUUUGCAGCAACGAGUAGCCGACACGUGGCAGCCCUUAGCGUUUUUCUCCAAACGCCUACAACCUACCGAAUCUCGCUACAGCACGUUCGGUAGAGAACUACUAGCCGUAUAUCUAGCGAUACGUCACUUUCGACACGUCCUAGAAGGCCGCUCCUUUGUCGUCUUCACCGACCACAAACCCCUGACUUACGUGCUCGGCUCGACUACCGACCGAUACUCUCCUAGAGAGUCGCGCCACCUUGACUAUAUCGCUCAGUUUACGACCGAUAUACGGCAUGUCUCAGGUGUGCACAACGCCGUCGCCGAUGCACUUUCCCGCAUCCAAGCUAUCUCCGCUGACGCCGGCACUGCUAUCGACUUGGCAGCCAUGGCCACAGCACAACUCAACGAUCCUGAGGUUGAUCUACUACGCAGGUCUCCCUCAUUGGAUAUACGACCCGUUCCGCUGACAUCAUCAGACGGAACGAUACUCUGCGAUUUAUCUCUGGGCACGCCGCGCCCAGUCGUCCCACGCGAGUUUCGGCAGACCGUGUUCGACGCGUUGCACGGCUUGUCUCAUCCAGGCGUUCGUGCAUCGGUUAAACUCGUAACCGCACGAUUCGUUUGGCGCAAUGUUAAUCGGGACGUCCGUACCUGGGCAGCUGCUUGCCUUCCGUGUCAACGCGCGAAGGUGCACAAGCACACGAGAAGCCCAUUAGGCACGUUUCCGACGCCAGACGCACGUUUUCAUCACGUGCACGUCGACCUCGUAGGUCCUCUGCCGCCUUCCAAAGGCUCUGUAUAUCUACUGACCUGCAUCGAUCGAUUUACUAGAUGGCCUGAGGCCGUCCCUAUCCCAAAUUGCUCCUCGGAAACAGUAGCGAAAGCUUUUAUGGAGCGCUGGGUAGCUCAAUACGGCUGUCCCGCCAUCGUGACCACCGAUCGAGGGUCACAUUUCUCGUCGACAUUUGCCACGUUGCUUAAGGAUUUAGGCUGUCGCCACUUCCAGACGACAGCGUAUCAUCCGGCCGCUAACGGCAUGGUGGAGCGUUUUCACCGCCAGUUGAAGGCAGCGCUACGUGCGCACGCAGAUCCUUCAUGGUCUGAAACGCUUCCCCUCGUUCUCCUAGGCUUAAGAAACACGGUUAAGACCGACUUCGACGCCACACCAGCGCAGCUAGUCUACGGUUGCACGCUGCGGUUGCCCGGACAGCUGGUAGCACCAGCCCCAUGUACUUCCACUUUUGACUACGGAAGUUACACUGAUCGAUUGGCUCACCAGAUGCGUGAGCUACGUCCACCCGCUCCUCGAUCGCAGAAGAUACCAGAGUACGUGCCCGAGAAGCUGUCUACGUGUUCACACGUCCUUCUUCGCGCAGACGGUGUUCGACAGCCUCUUCAGUCGCCGUACAUAGGACCCCUCAAGGUGCUACAUCGUGCGAGUAAGGCGUACACUAUUGACCGCGGUGGUCGACACGAAGUCGUCACCAUCGACCGUCUAAAACCCGCCUUUAUGGAAGAAAACCCCUCGCCUACUUCGUCUAGUAGUGCUUCGUGCGACGUCACAACUCAUCGCACCAGCUUACGGCAUCCUAGUCCAGUUCAACCAGACCACGAUCUCGGUCUACAAGCCGUCCCAACAUCUCCCGAAUCUAGCCCGCCGCCUCCCACGACCAAUCGCCGUGGUCGGGAGGUGCGUAAGCCCGUCCGUUUCUCCGACUAUGUACAGUGUAAAUAUUUUAGCUUUGUAGAUAUUGUAUAUAUUUGCCCCGUUUUUGGUCGAUCAACGUUUUGAAAACAAACAAAAAUAUCAAAAAACCUCCGAAAAA